AUGGUUGGACGACUAGAUUAUGGCUAUUUAUUAACACCAGCUGGUCAACUCAAUAUUGCUGAAAUCGUUUGUUUAAUUGGAGCUUUGAUUAGUGCUGCAUUUACAUCACGUUUAUAUUGUGAAUUAGUUGAUAAUUCUCAAUAUAUCUAUCCACAAUUAAAUACAUUACUUGUUCGAUCUUUACUUCAAUCAUUUGCUAUAUUUUGUUGUACUGUAACACUUGUAAUUCUUAUUCUACAUAUUUCUGGUAUAAGAUUUUUGGGUAGAAAUUUCUUUUAUAUAAAUCAAUUAUGUUUAAUUUUUAAUAUUUUUAUGGGAAUUAUGAUGAUAUCAAUUGGUAUAUGUGCAGCAUUUUGGGAGGAUAAAUUAAGACGUACACCUGCUAUUAUUCGACGUGGUUAUUUUUUAAAUAGAUAUCAAUAUAUAUAUGGUGAAGUAACACAUCCACGACCAGGUGCAGCAGCUGCUGCUGCAAUUUUUGCUAUUUUGGCGGGUAUUCUAUUUAUUAUUGAAGCUUGUACAAGACCAAUGCUAUAUAUGGGUGCAACACGUUUUCCAAAUUAUUAUACAAAACCAAUUGUAUCUCAACAUACUCCCAUAGAGAACAUCAAUGAAGAACGUACAAUACCAAUUGAAACAACCACAUCAUUAUAUCCACAAACUCGACUUUAA